AUGGAAGGCCAAGAAGAAUUGGUUUUGAGCAGUGAUCAAGCAUCCCAGACGAUCAUGAUCAAAGGCAAGCGCACCAAGCGCCCGAGGCCUCUGUCCCCGAACGGCGUCGUGGCUACGGGGACGUCUAGCUCAUCAAGCGCCUGUGGUGGUGGUGGUGCUAUGGGAGGAGAUCAUGAGUAUAACUAUUAUGGUAAUUCGUUUACAUCACCCACAACUUCUGGUGAGAUCUAUGAGAGUACUGAGGAAGAAGAGGACAUGGCCAAUUGCCUAAUUCUCUUGGCUCAAGGGGAUCAUGUAACUGUUAACCCAAAGCAGAUCUUUGAGCAAAGACUAGCACAAACCAGUAACAUGGGCAAGGCUGGUUUCUUUGUCUAUGAGUGCAAAACAUGUAACAGAAGCUUCCCUUCAUUUCAAGCACUUGGCGGCCACAGAGCAAGUCACAAGAAGCCCAAGGCCAUGAGCACAGAGGAGAAAAAACCAGCACCAGCCCAUUUCAUCCCAGCCUCCCCUUUUGAGGAAUUUGAAGAUCAAAGCAAGCAGUUCAUCAAAUAUAAGAGCAGCCCACCUCCUGCGAUUUCAAGCCAAAUAGGAAGCAAGCCCAAAAUUCAUGAGUGUUCAAUUUGUGGCUCUGAGUUCACAUCUGGGCAAGCUCUUGGUGGACACAUGAGAAGGCACAGAGCAGCAGCAGCAGCAGCCAACAACAGUACUAAUCAUGUGGUGGCUUUACCUAGCAAUAUUGGCACAAGUACCAAACUCCAGAGAACUGUUCUUCCACUGGAUCUAAACCUUCCUGCACCAGAAGACAAUGAUCAUCAUCACCACCAGCUUCAUCAUCAUCAUCAACAUCGUGACUCUAAGUUUCAAUUUGUGCCUACCCAACAAACAACUCUUGUCUUCAACGCCCCUGCGUUGGUGGAUUGUCAUUAUUAA